AUGGCUGAGGCGAAUCGAGGAUGUGGGCUUCACGAAGAAUCGUCUUUGUGGGUAUCCAGGAGUAUGUAUUCUUUUCAGGUGUGUGAAGUUCUCGAGUCCAGCUAUCAUCACUGGACAACGGUCCUGGUAGUCCUUAUUGGUUGUUCUGUCCCGGACAAAAGCGGUUUCUCGGUCCUAUCCCAGAUCCCCAAGAAGUUCCGGACCUCGGAGAAAAGGGAAGGAUAA